GACUUGUCACGUCCAUGCCGCUGUCGGCGCCUUUACGCUGUAAGUCUCGCUGACGGUGCACACCAAAAAGUUUCCAAACGUCUUGUUCGAGGAGGAAGGCGGGGGUCAAGAGCUUUCUUCACAAAAUAACCAUCUGGCAUUGCGGCAUGCGGUAUGAACAACUUACUUUGCAAACAUACACGACGUUGACAAGUUUUAUUUUUUGCUUAGCUGACUUAUGUUCAUUUGUCGGCGCUGUUUGCUUCGUGCACCAAAACGUCUUCAAGCUCCUCUAUUAUUCACGCGAACCUUCAAGGCAGAGGCACUUUACAUAUCCAAUCGCAAGAAAGUGGCAAAUGGAGAGAUUACGAUUCCAGUCCAACCUCCAUUGCAUAUCACACGCGACCCGCAAGACUCGUCUGGCCUCAGUGAGCGGAAAGAAGAACAGCAGGAGGCUAAGCUUCUUACUUGGUCCUUGCCUUUGUCAGAGGAAGAGAGGCAAGAGCGUCGGAGGAAACAUCGACAUUGGAGAUCACAUCCCAUACCAGCCUACUUCGAGCAGCGCAAUAAAGACAAGUGCCUCAUUGCGUAUACACCCUUCUAUGCCCUGCGUUGGGUCAUCAAGGAAGCUCUUGCACGUGGGCGGAGCGAUUAUCUCGACUACGUUACAAAGGACGUAGUGAAGCGUUACGUAGGUCGUUCUCAUUGGGAACGUCUGUGGGUACUGGGCAAACUAUUGAAGAGUACACGUCAGGGCAACCAGACCUUGGCGAAGGACAAGAUUCUCAUGAUCGUCGAGACGCUUCACAGUGAAGACAACCUCCGUAUCAUGCCUCCACACGUCAUUGGCUACGCCGCCAAAGCCACUGUCAAGUAUCCCGAAGAUUCCGAGCUCGACCCAAAGCUUAUUCAAUUGCUUACGCCCUACCUCAUAGAGCAUGCUCUCAAUCUUAAGGGUUCCAUUGUUACGAAGGAAACCGAGGGUCUCCUGCGCCACGUAGUAUGGCCGUUGUACGGGUUCGUGCAGAGGCUGCUUUCCUUGGAUAGGAAGGAUGAGGCGUUGGCAUUGUUCCAAGAGCUUAUCGACAAGAAGUUUAUUCCUUCAUCAGCAAUGCAGGGUCUUGACUUGACCUCGCAAGAUGUAACGUAUAUCAUGGUCCGGACCAUGGUGCAGGCUUGCUUGCGUUACGAUUGGCAACUACAAGCACGAAACCUUCUACGACAAAUACUGGAUACCCGUGAGGUCAUUCAUCCUGUCCUCAUUGAACAGAUAUACGAGAUCAUGUGGUGGUCGUUGGACAGGGACUUCCAGUCCGACUUUGAAGCUGUCUCAUCAAUGCUUUCCAGCCUCUUUUCCAAACCCCAGAUGCCCAUGGUUCCAGAGGAGAUGCUCGUCAAGUUCUACAAGCGUGCUAAGGCUCGCAAUGCAGGCGCACAUGCGGAGAAGAUUUACGAACUAUCAACUUCUCCCGCUGUUACCGAACGUCAAGCGUAUCAACCGCCGAGUGGACCAGCUUUGCUGUGGUUCUUGGAAUACUGCGUCUUCACUAGCAAAAACUUCCGUAUUGCGCGUAGCCUUGCGGUUCGCGUAGUCGAAGACGAUAUCAACGUACCUUCUCACGACAAGCCUCUUGUCGUUGCUACUAUUGCUUCCGUCGGGUUUGCAGGUCAGGCCAGAGAACUAUGGGAGAGAUACACGCAACGUGAAGGAGCCCAGCUGGUAUUCGGGAAUGCCCAAACCAUGCUGCGCAUUGUCAGUCUUUUCAGUCACCUAAUUCGGCGCGGACAGGACAUGGUUGAGCAACUCAAGCAAAGGCAGCAGGAAGUUGAGGGAAAAGCGCUUGUGUUCUCCGAGACACCUGGCGUGCGCUCUCAUGGCAAAGAGAAGAAGGACCUUUUCAGGAACGACUUCUCAAGAUCCAAAUUCAAGCAUGAUCGUGACAUCGACGAAAGCGAAGAUGAGGAAGCACUUACCGAUCUCACCGAAACGUUACCCGAGGAUGAGCUGGUUGACGCUGAGCAUGACUUCUAUCCCAAGCGUCAUCGAACACCGCAAGUCUCUGUGGAUGUGGAGGCUACCCAAGAGACCGUCGAACGUUGGGAAGGUCGCCUUACAGACUUCCGAGCAUUUACCGAUCACGUCAUUGACAAGUUUGAACAGAUGCGCAUCCCUCUUCACAAAGCUAAUCACUACGAUUUGAACGCUCUCGCACGAGCUUAUUUCAUACUGGGUCGGACAAUGGACGGCUUCAGAAUGUUCAAGAUCAUCCUCGCUCGGAAGGAGGUUCCUGACAUUUGCGAUGUCAAUGUUGCCUUGUCUGCCAUGGCCAUGCAGAGUCCUUCUCAGGCUGCCAACAUGAUCGAGAGAAUGGUCAAGCGGGGCUUGCAGCCAGACGCUGUAUCGUUUGGUACGAUCAUCCAUCAUGCCAUCUUUCAACGUGACAUGCCCCUGGUCGCAAAAUUGAUUGUGAGAGCGCGCGAGCUUGGCGUGAAGCAACUCAGUUACAAAACCAUGGGUUCACUGAUCAGGGCCACCGUUUCUACUCUGUAUGAGGAUCACAAUGUCGCUUCGGAGCAGCUGGAGAACGCCAAAGACCUUGUAGAUUCUCUUCAGGGCGCCGGGUAUGUACCAUCUGUCAGGAUGGCGCUUGACUGCGUCAUCACCGCUACUCGAGCGGAGGACCCAGCUAUGGCGUUCAGGUUUUGGAAGUUCUUUCUCAAAGACAAAGCACAUUGGGGCGACGAACAACAGGAGGCAACGCGAACGAAAAUCGCUAGGCUUAUUCGUCAUCAUCGUGCAAGGAAAUGGCUCGACGUGAAUUACGCUAAUGUGAUGCUCUCGGAAUUGGGAGAGGAAGUCAGCUUGCAUGCGGAACGUCGCGGUCGCGGUAGACCGAAGAAAGCUGAAAAAGAGUUCCUGGCGGCCGAGGCUCCGUCGCAGGGGGAAGAUCGAACUACCAGGCUCAAGAGGAACGCGUCUGCCACGUCUUCUUCGCGUACAAAGGGAGAGGAACACUAAAAGUACCGGGCCUGAUGAUCACCAAGUGAUUCUAUUGGAAGAGGGCAACGUCCAAUCGCUGCACGAGUGUUGCAGUACCUAAUUGGUUCCGACUGGGACAUAGACCAACAACGGGUUGAUUGAUGGCGCUGUCGGGUCAUGCGACGAUGGCGGGCUAGAGUUCGCCGAGUGCUUCGACGUUGCUGGCGGUUUGGUGGGCUGGCUUCCCUCGAUCAUGGGCCACGGCAUUAUUGCACCAAGCGCGUCGUAUUCAUGCGGACCCCUCCUGGGCGGAAAUAGUUUCUGGAAGGAGGACCGGACUGUCGAGGGCCUGUUGUGUACAUAUUGGCGGCGAUGGCGGCUGUAUAGACGAAUUCAAGAAGUUCUGUCGGGUGGAGUCGUGGGUUACGGUGAGCUGGUAGGGUUUUUGACUAGCUAUAGAUUACUGUACAUGUUUGCUGCUAUUCUGAUUAUAAUAAGAAUUGUGGAGAAGAUCGCGAACGAUGUCCCAGUAUGGGACUUCUUGUGAACGUUGAUCUGUAUCCGAGGAAGCUGC